AUGUCGUCGUCGUCGCCGUCGACGGACGCGCGGGUGUUCGACGCGGGCGUGCCGGUGUCCCAGCUGCCGUGGGGCGCCGAUCUCGCGCGCGUUUCUUCGUCGAUCGCGUCGCGCGACCUCGAGUACGCGGACGACGACGUUCCCCUGCGAGGGUACGCCUCCUUCGACGCGCGCGCGGUGGAGGAGACGCGGAAGCGCGGCGCGACGGGGACGGGCGGCGGCGGUCUCGACGGCGUGGUCGUGCUCCACACCGCGAUAGGCCCGGGAGAGGUGUUCGUGAGAAGCUGCGUCGACGCGCUCGCGAGCCUGGGAUACGCCGCCGCCGCGCUCGACAUGUUCGGUCUACCCGAGUGCGUGUUCGACGCCGAGACGCGCGAAACGGCGUUCGGGGCGCUCAGGCGCGACCGGAGCUCGGCCGCGAAGCGCGUCGCCGCGGGCGUGCGCGCGCUCGAGGCGCAACCGGAGUGCGGCGGCGUCCGAUGCGUCGUCGGGUUUUGCCUCGGCGGACGGUGCGCGUUGGACCUGGCGCGCUCGGGGUUCGGCGCGAGCGUCCGCGGCGUGGUCUCGUUCCACGGGAUUCUGGACGACCCGUCGGACGAGGGGCUGCCGCGGAGCGCGGUCGCCGCGAAUCCGCCGUCGGUCUUGAUUUUCCACGGAGAGGAGGACCCUUUCUCGACGGCGGCGGCGAAAGAGGCGUGCCUCGCCGAUUUGCGCGCUCGCGGCGUCGCGACGGAAUUUCACGGUUUCCCCGGGGUGAAGCACGGGUUCACGCGCCCGGAGAAGACGACCGAGGAGGACGCGCGAGCGGGUUUCGGGUACGACGCCGCGGCCGCGGAGAAGAGCUGGACGCGAUGCAAAGCGUUCAUCGCGGAGACGUGCGAGUAG